UUCCAUCGAUCCUUACUUUCCCAGUGGUUAUCUCGCCGGAAAAAUUGGGUAUACACUUCAUACAGACUUAGAUCGAUCUCGGACACUUUCACAUCCAUGUUAGGCAAUUCGUUUUCCCCACAAGUCUCGCGAACUUGGGCCAGACUCGGAUGAUGUAAAGCAAUUAAGGAUCGCCUAAGUGCUACCAUUUGGCAAUAUAAAUACGACGAGAGUCCUCAUCAAUCAGUCUCUUCAUCCCAUCAACCAACAGCUUCAGUCUCCAACAGUCUUCAAGUCAACAUCAUCAAAAUGGUUUCCUUCACCUCCCUCCUCGCCGCCGUCUCGGCUGUCACUGGUGUCAUGGCCCUUCCCUCCGCUCAGCCCGUUGACGGCAUGAGCGUUGUCGAGCGUGACCCUCCCACAAACGUCCUCGACAAGCGCACUCAGCCCACUACUGGCACAAGCGGUGGUUACUACUUCUCUUUCUGGACUGAUACACCCAACUCUGUCACCUACACCAACGGCAACGGUGGCCAGUUCAGCAUGCAGUGGAGCGGCAACGGCAACCACGUCGGUGGAAAGGGUUGGAUGCCUGGUACUUCUCGCACCAUCAAGUACUCUGGUUCUUACAACCCCAACGGCAACAGCUACCUCGCCGUUUACGGUUGGACCCGCAACCCUCUCAUUGAGUACUACAUCGUUGAGAACUUCGGCACUUACAACCCCUCUUCCGGUGGCCAGAAGAAGGGUGAGGUCAAUGUUGACGGAUCUGUCUACGAUAUCUACGUCAGCACCCGUGUCAACGCCCCCUCCAUUGACGGUAACAAGACCUUUCAGCAGUACUGGUCUGUCCGACGCAACAAGCGUUCCAGCGGAUCCGUCAACACCGGUGCUCAUUUCCAGGCCUGGAAGAACGUCGGCCUCAACCUUGGUACCCACGACUAUCAGAUCCUUGCUGUUGAGGGUUACUACAGCUCUGGCUCUGCCAGCAUGACUGUGUCCCAGUAAAGAGGCAUUAUGACAAGAAGUUCUGGGGGCCAUGAUGAUAUGGUAGUCUCUUGAAGAUAGCCAUUCUCUGUAUCUUCGGAAGCUUCAGAUGGGAUUACGUGUUUACGAGUCCGGACUUGUGACUGGACUUCACUCAGGACCGGUCUUUACUUCAUUGUACAUAGCUUAGCACCUAACUGAACAUACAACGAUA